CACUUUUCUAGAAUAAGUACAUACUGAAUUCAUUUUCACAUAUUUUUCUUUUUUUACUCAGUCUACCCUGUAAACAAAAAUAAAAAAAGGAGAAAAAAGGUUAAAUAGGUACACUUUACAGUGUAGGGGGAGAAAUAUAAGCAUGAGAUAGAGAGAUAAGUUAAAUAUAAAUACGAAAAUAAAAAAAAAGUGUGAGAAAUGGAACAAAAUCCAGAAGACAGACUAAAAAAAUGGCGCAAAACUUGUGCGUAGAGGUAUUCAUUUGGUUAUCAGGUUCAAACCAAGUUUGAUUACACGGUCGGUGAAUAUUGGAUCAUCAGGUCUAUGUUAAACCCCUCUACUUGUGGGACAAAGAGAAUAUUUUACAAGAGUGGCAUGUUUUUUCUUGGAAGUUGUUGCCAUCCAUCAAUAUAGUUGGGUCAAAAUGGGUAAUGGGCCGAAGCAUCAAUUGGGUCGGUACCCAUUUUAUAAGGGACACACAUGACAACUUUCAUAGUGUAUAAAUACUAGGUUGUUUCAUUGUUGUGCCAUUUUAAGGUGAUUAUUAAGAAUAAAAAGUGCAUAUAGAGGUGAGGUUUAAUUGUGUUGAUGAUCAUGGGAGAUUUCAAACAUUUGGUGGUGGCAAAGUUUAAGGAAGGAGUAGUUGUGGAAGAUAUUAUUAAAGGAAUGCAAGAUCUCGUCUCAGAAUUAGAUGCUGUCAAAUCCUUUGAAUGGGGAGAAGAUGUGGAGAGCCAUGAAAUGCUUAGACAAGGGUUUACACAUUCAUUCUUAAUGACAUUCAACAACAAAGAAGAGUUCACUGCAUUCUUGGCUCAUCCUAAACAUGUUGAGUUUUCAGCCACAUUUUCACAAGCAAUUGACAAGGUUAUCUUGCUUGAUUUCCCUACUGUUCUUGCCAAGCCCGUCAAGCCAGCUGUCGAGCCAGCUGCUUAGGAAUCUGGUCUGAUCUGAUUCGAUCUGAACCAUCCGAGCCUGAACCUUAGACUUGUUUCUAUGUAAUAUAGUAUUUUAAUUGAUAUUAUUAUUAGAUAUGUAUUCUCUCAAAUGUGUUUAAUUACCACUAAUGACUUGGGCAAGAAGUUUGCAUGGUAUAAUAACAUGCAUAUUCCAUA